GGCUGCCCAGUUCCCUCGAUGCCUCAGUCUUCCUGUGUGUUCGUACGACAGCAAAAAAAAAAAAAACAUGGCAACAUUCAACUCACUGCCUAAUGAGAUCCUAACAAUAAUUGCCGAUUUCUUUCCAUGCCGGUCAGUUCUUAGCCAGAGCCAAUAUUUAGGAACGCUAGCUCUCACAAAUCGACGCUUAUAUCAACUUGUGAAUCCAAUUUUAUAUGCCCACAACAGGGAUAAAGACCACUCAAGCGCGGUCAUAUGGGCAGCCAGGCACGGGCGAAUCGAGACGCUUGAGAAGGCACUCUUCUUUGGCCUAAACUUCAAUUGUCGGGAUGAUGAACGCUUAUCAUGUCUCUGCAUUGCGGUUAUUCACAAGCAAGAAGCCACUGUGACUUGGCUUCUGAACCACGGGGUCGGUCCGGAUGUUGAGCCAGUCAUCGAACGUUUCCGUGCUGUUGACCGGAGAUUCUCUCCCUUGUUUCUCGCGCUGAAAACAGCCCAGUCUUCGGUGGCUUGUCUAUUACUUGAGAGAGGCGCAUUCUUUUGGUUCGCCCAACUUACUGACUUCGAUGAUCCAUAUGAAGAACCAAAUGGUCAGCCUAUAUUGAGUCCGGCCACACACUAUGCCUCCUUCUUCGGCCUAAUCCCUGUUGUAAGGUUCUUAGUACAGCACAAGGGUGUAGACAUAAACACCCGCAACAGUGAAGACGAGAUAUGUCUGCAUCACGCAAUUAGGGGGAGACAGAACCGAGCAGUAAUUGACGAAUUAAUUCUGCUUGGUGCUGAUAUUAACCAUAACGGUACAUCAAGUCUCCUAUGCUUGGCUAUCGAGAUCUGCAGCUACAAACACGCGCACUGGUUGAUCGACGCCGGAGCACGCAUCGAUGUUCCCCCAAGAGGAAGACCAGCACCAAUCCAUAUGUGUACCUGGAGGCCGUUAUAUCUUUUGGAGGACCAGCAAUCCGACAAAUACACUUUGCUAGAGAGGCUCAUUAAUCUCGGCGCCGAUGUGAAUGGGUUCGAUCUGGAAAACCAAUCCAGAACACCACUAGGAGAAGCAUGUCUCCAUGGCACUGUUACAGCAGUGUCCAUGCUGCUCCAAGCCGGCGCCGAGGUGGACCUAGACAUCGGGGAGGGGAAACGACCACUAGAUUCGUUACUGGCAUUAUGCCAUGCAGAGGAGAAACAAUCGAAAGAGACGCAUCAAAAGAUCCUUCUCCUGAUAAAAAAUAAAGCUCGGCUCGACUCGCGUACUUGGCAGAAUAUGUCGCCCCUUGAACAUGAACUCGUAUGGUCCAUGAAGCAUGACAAUAGCAAACGACUCGCUUUUAUGCUCGGCUCAGCGACAAGCCAGAAUCUAUCAACCGAACAUCUCGACAGCUUGUUAGAAACUGCCAUUGAGGAGAGGUCUUUCACAUGCUGCAGAGUGCUUCAAGAGUAUGGGGCAAGAAUGCAGAGUCCUACCAAUUCAAUAAUUUCCUGGGUUGAAGAGGCACUCCAAGACCGAUUAGCUAAAAGGGGCAUUUUUAGAACGCAAAACUCAGACUUUCGGUGUUUUAUAGCUAUGGCAAUAAAUCUCAGCUCAGGGUUCGAUGACGAAACCAAAAUGUUUAUAAAAGCUUUGAACUAUGAGGACAGGGAAGCGGCUGACGUUUUCCUGAGUCGUGGCAUGGUCGGACGGCGUCCGGGUUGCUAUGACCCGAACGAAUGGCUCCAAGCAGCCGCUGCAUGGGGUCAUUUAGGGGUCCUGCGUAGGCUGCUUCAAGGCUCACCAAACGUCAAUGGUUUCGAUGAUUGGAAUAUGCUACCUCUGUCGCGGGCCAUUGAGAUCGGAAAUCGGGAAGCAGCAAUUUUACUAAUGGAACACGGGGCGGACGCAUUCAAAAGUAAAACAGUCCAGGUUGGUCAGGAGACGAGAGGAACUCUAAAACCUAUACAACUUGCACUCCGGUAUGGGGAAAUUGAAAUUCUCAAGGCUAUCUUGGAUAAGCAGCAAGGGUCGCUUACAGAAGAGGAGGCUUGGGUUCCUGCUGUACUAGCAUCUGCUCCAGAGAUUGCCGAGAUUGUCAGCAUGGAGCUUUGCUAACCUAAGCGCUCGUUUUAGGAUGUUGGGAACUUCUGUCGAUACAUUCAUUGCCUGGGUGACUCUAGUAUUUUCUAUUCUACUGGUUUAAUCCUGGUUUGGCUUAUGAUUCUUGAGACCUAACAUAUCUCUAUAAAUAUAUGUCGUUAAUCAGCCAUAUCGUAUGUGAACAUAUAUUUCAGCAAUUUUUAGCAAGUGUUGUUUUAACAUUAGCACUUUGUCUAGAUUAUACAAAUU